AUGGCUAUUGACGGGGAUGGAUAUGGCAACAUUACUUCAGCCAAGCUGUCACUCCCUCAGAGUAUAGCAACGGCCACGGAUACAAACAAUGAAGUGGCCAAGACGCCGACUGCUGAGCAAACCACGCAGAGCGGCAUCGCCAGCUCAGCCGACCUCGAACAGCUCUGGACGUGGAAUCAGCAUGUACCUCCGUAUAUACAACGCUGUAUGCACGACAUCAUAUCGGAAAGAGUCCAGCAGCAGCCGCAUAAAGUCGCUGUUGAAUCCUGGGAUGGAAGUUUGACGUAUCAGGAGCUGGACAACCUCUCAUCACGGCUUGCCAGGCACAUCUUGCAAAAGCAUGGGCAAGCCGGUACCAGAAUCCCGCUCUGCUUCGAGAAGUCCAUGUGGACUGUUGUUGCCGUGCUGGCCGUCAUGAAAGCGGGUGCAACAUUCUCCCUGACUGAUCCCAGCCAGCCCGUGGCACGACUACAGACAAUCGUCGAGCAAACAGGGGCAGACCUCAUCAUCACCUCAGUGGCUCAGAGCGAGCUUGGCAAAGAGAUCUCCCGACCGGGAGGCCAAGUUAUCGCGAUAUCUCGAGACUAUUUUGACGGCGUCAAGGAGCCAGACACGGAAACAGCCCUGCCACAAGUGCCUGCAGAAACGCCAAUGUACAUCAUCUUCACCUCUGGAAGCACAGGAAAGCCAAAGGGCGUCAUCAUCACCCAUGGCAAUUACACCAGCGGCGCAAUCCCCAGAGCGGAGGCCGUUGGCUACAAAGACACUUCUCGGUGCUUCGAUUUCCCCUCGUACGCUUUCGAUGUGAGCAUUGACUGCAUGUUGUGCACGCUAGCCACUGGAGGGCAAAUCUGCGUGCCGUCCGAGGAAGCCAGGAUGAACGACCUCAGCGGCGCCAUUCGACAGAGCAAGGCCAACAUGGUCCACAUGACGCCCUCUGUUGCCAGAGUCCUCGACACCGAUAUUAUUCCGUCUCUGGAUGUUCUGGGUCUUGGUGGCGAGGCAGUUUCUGCAAGCGACGCAGCCGCUUGGAGCCAGCACACCAGCUUGAUCAUUGCAUACGGCCCGUCCGAGUGCACUGUUGGCUGUACCAUCAACAACCAGGUGACCAUCUCGACGGGCAUCGGCAAGGGAGUCGGAGGCGUUACCUGGAUCGUCGAUCCCGAUGACCACAAUGUCCUCAUGCCCGUUGGCGCCGUCGGAGAGCUCAUCAUAGAAGGCCCGGUGGUUGGCGUCGGCUAUCUCGAUGAGCCAGAAAAGACAGCAGAGGUCUUUAUCGAGAACCCGUCUUGGUUGACUUCAGGCUACAAUGGCUUCCCCGGGCGGCCUGGCAGGCUGUACAAGACAGGAGAUCUGGUGCGAUACGAAAACAACGGAUCCGGCUCCAUCGAGUUUGUCGGCAGGAAAGAUCAACAGGUGAAACUGCGAGGCCAACGAGUCGAGCUCACGGAAGUCGAGCACCACUUACGAGCCUGUCUGCCCAGCGGCAUCAAGGUCGCGGCAGAAGUCAUCAAGCCAGAGAAUGGAGGUGCCCCUUCCCUCGUUGCAUUCCUCUCAGAGUCCGCUUCUUCAGGCGUCAGCGGAGUAGAUCCGGCCAUUGUUGAACCGUCACCGGAACUGAAAGCUGCCCUGGCAACUGUCAACGCGGCCAUGGGAUCCAGAGUGCCACGGUAUAUGGUCCCGGCAGCGUUCGUGACCCUCCAGCACAUGCCUUCCUUGGUAUCCGGCAAGACUGACCGGAAGAAACUGCGGGAGAUUGGGUCUGCAAUUCCGCGAGAAAUCUUCAGUCGAAUGCAAGCACCCGAAUCCCAGGAGGAGGAGGAACCGGAAACCGAGAUAGAAAAGAAGCUGCAGCAAGCAUGGGUCAAGGUCCUCGGCUCCGAUGCAAAAAUCUACAGGCAGAGCAACUUCUUUGCUCUAGGCGGUGAUUCCUUGCGCGCCAUGAGACUCGUCGUCACUGCUCGCGAGAGUGGUAUCGCCCUGACUGUUGCUGAUAUCUUCACCAAUCCAACCCUCAGCAACAUGGCCUCAAAAGCCACCUUGGUCUCGGAGUCUUCCGUGGAUGACAUUCCUCCCUUUUCACUUCUGGAGAAGGACUGGGAUGCGGAAACUGCGCGAAAGGAAAUAUCCGCUCUCUGCGGCGUUGAAACCAGCGCCGUUGAGGAUGCCUACGCAUGCACUCCCCUUCAAGAAGCCCUCAUGGCACUGUCGGCCAAAGUCAAGGAGGCAUAUGUCGCACAGAGAGUCGUCUGGCUGGAGGACAUGGCCACAGCUGAGAAGCUCAUCGCAGCUUUCGACGCCGUACAACAAGACAGCCCCAUAUUGCGCACGAGAAUCGUGCAAAUUCCCGGACGGGGGCUUGUUCAGGCGGUCAUCAAGGAGAGAUUGAAUAGUUUCCAAGGUACAAAUCUCGACGAGUACCUUGUGAAUGACAGGAACGAGCCCAUGGAGUUGGGCAGGCCUCUUGUUCGUUACGCUGUUAUUGACGAUAGCACAACCGGAAAGGUCGGUUUUGUGCUCACUAUUCAUCAUGCGCUUUACGACGGCUGGUCUAUGCCCCUGAUCGUGGAACGAGUGAACAAAGCCUAUACCGCCCAGGCCAUGUCACGACCCGCAGAGUUCAAGCACUUCAUCAAGUAUCUGUUGACUAUGGAGGCGGAUAAGUCCGCCAGUUAUUGGCGAGAGCAGCUUUCCGGAGCCAAUGCCUUCCAGUUCCCGCCUCUUCCUUGGCAAGGCUAUCAGCCGCAGUCCGAUUCAUUGCUGGAGGAAUACGUUCCUCUUCCAGCCGGCAGAGCCACAAAUGCUACCACCGCAACAGUCAUCAGAGCAGCCUGGGCACUCGUAGCCUCGCAGUACAUCAACAGCACUGAUGUCAUCUUUGGAGAAACGUUGACUGGCCGAAAUGCGCCUGUUGUUGGGGCCGAGGAGAUUGAAGGGCCCAUGAUCACGACUGUUCCUGUGCGAGUCCAGAUCGACGGCGAUAUGCAAGUCUCCGACUUUCUGCAAACUAUCCAGGAGCAAACGGUGGAACAGAUUCCACACGAGCAUUUCGGCUUACAGCACAUACGGAGACUCAGCCCUGACGCUUAUGAGGCAUGCGAGUUAAAGACCGGCCUGGUGUUGCACCCAAGCGCAGAGGCUGAUACGUCCCCCGAGUCGGAUGAUUUACCCGCGAGCCGCCUUGUACCGGCGGGAGAUGCAGAGGCGGCUCAGGAGGCUCUCAAGUUCAACACUUACCCGCUCAUGCUGGUCUGUUCCAUGGAUCCGCAAGGGUUCCUUACCAUGGCCAGUUUCGAUUCCAAGACUGUUUCCGUCCCUGUGAUGCAGAGGGCACUGAACAAGUUCAAACAAGCCGCGGAAUUGUUGUGCAAAGAAAGCUCUUCCACGCUCAGCAGUCUUCAGUCGGCAUUGCUUAAUGAGGACAUCGGGGAGCUGCGGGAUGCAAUGGAGAAGGCAGACAUUAGCGAUGCAAGCAAGGCGUUCCCUGGCAUUCAGGCAGCUUAUGUUGCUGAUGCAGCUGAGCCAAACCGACUUGUGCCGCUGGCUGCGGUUGGCCAACUGAUUGUCCAAUGCCCACAGGAAUUGCCAAGCUUGGUCGAAAUCGCACGGCCGACUUGGCUCGAGGCGUCACCCAGCUCGCCAGCCCUUGCACAAGGAAGCGAGAAGAGCGCACAGACGGCUUCAACCGGAGUGACCAAGAGCAGGAUAUCAGCAACGUCCAGCAGACAGCGCAAGCUGCGCAGUCUAUGGGCCCGCGUGCUGCGUCUAAGCGAGGAGGAUAUUGGCCUGAACGAUGGAUUCUUCGUUCUCGGAGGUGACUCCAUUGCGGCCAUGAAGCUUGUAUCAGAAGCUCGACUUGAGGGAAUCAAGCUGAGCGUGGUUCAGAUAUUCCAGAAGAGGACGCUGUACGAAAUGGCCAGCGUCAUGGAAGAAGUCGAGAAGCCUGCAUCAUCCGCAGACGCAACCACCACCAGAGAAAGAACGCUGAAGCCCUUCUCCUUGCUAAGCCAACAAGAAGACGAAGACGGCAAGCUCCGGUUCGUCAACGACAUCAUUGCUCCUCAGUUGGCCGAUUCGUCCUGGCGCAUCAGCAACGUUCUUCCUACUCGUCCCCUGCAGCAGAUUGCCGUUAGGGGCACGACUCAGCUCCCGCGCUUUUCGGCGCGCUAUGAGCUCAUGUACUUCGACAAGACCAUCAAUCGCGACAAGAUGAUCCAGAGUUGCAACGAGCUCGUCGCCCGCAACGAGAUCCUGCGCACCGUCUUCACCGAGCACCACGACGAAGGCUACGCCGUGGUCCUGGAACAGCUCGUCCCACAAUUCGUCGAGUACGCAAUUGACGGCGACGUCGAGGCAUUUGCACAUCAGCUCUGCCGUCUGGAUGCACUGACGAAGAUGCCCCUCGGCUCAAGCUUCGUGAAGUGGUUCCUCGUCGAAUCAAGCGCCGGGCAAUCAUGCCUCAUCUUCCGACUCUCCCACGCCCAGUACGACGAGAUAUGCCUGCCCAUCGUCCUCCAGCAGCUCUCAGGCCUCUACCAAGACGAGCCCGUCCAGGAAACUGUCCCCUUCUCCGCCUACGUCCACCACGUCCUCAGCAAGAACAUCCCCGAAAGCAUCCCGUACUGGACAGACCUCCUCCAGGGAUCUUCCCUGACCGUUCUGAAGCCCGACGUCCCCGUGCAGCAGCGGAACCACUUCGCCAUCCAGCAGACGGUAGACAUCUCCUCGCGCCUCCGCGACAUCACCGUGGCCUCUCUGCCCACCGCCGCCUGGGCCCUGUGCCUCGCCCGCCGGCUGUCCCUGCGCGACGUCGUCUUCGGCGAAGUCGUCAGCGGCCGCAACAUCGACUUCCCCCACGGCCCUGCCAACGCCAUCACGGGCCCCUGCUGGCAGUACAUCCCCGUCCGCGUGCUCUUCCCCCGCGGGUGCACCGCCCUCGAGGUCCUCUCCGCCGUGCAGCACCAGCACAUUGCCAGCUCCGCCCACGAGGGCAUCAGCCUCGCCGAGAUCGCCUCCCUCUGCGGCACGACCUGGCUCGACAACGGCCCCGAUGGACCGACCAAGGCCUCGGACCUGUGGUUCGACUCCGUCGUCCACCAGGACGUCGAGCACGUUGAGAAGCUCGCCUUCGCUGCUGCCGGAAGCGGCCGCCUGGAGACGGUCUACCCGCACGAGGAGCCCCUGCGCGAGUGGAAGAUUCAGGCCUUUGUCCACGACGGCAGCAGCAAGCUGACGCUCGAGAUUGUCACGUUUGAGAGCUGGGGAGGGUUUGCUAGGGGCUUGCUGGAUGAUUUGGUGGACGCGGUGGAGACUUUGUUGAAGGAUCCCCAUGCCAAGCUGUUUGAGGACCAGCUCGAGGGCUGA